AUGGCGGACGGGCACUCGUCGCAGGGAGCUCCGGGGAGCCCCAUCUGUGGCAGCCACGACAGCGGAGGAGAUCAAAGCCCGCGCUGCGGAGUCGGUGAGCCGGAUAGGUUUCUUCCUAUUGCGAAUAUCAGCAGGAUCAUGAAGAAGAGACUUCCCGCGAAUGGGAAGAUUGCUAAGGAUGCCAAGGAGACGGUGCAGGAAUGUGUUUCCGAGUUUAUUAGCUUCAUCACCAGCGAGGCAAGUGACAAGUGCCAGAGAGAGAAAAGGAAAACAAUCAAUGGGGAUGAUUUGCUAUGGGCUAUGGCAACUUUAGGAUUUGAAGACUACAUUGAUCCUCUUAAGGUGUACCUGAAUAGGUACAGAGAGAUGGAGGGUGAUACUAAGGGAUCAGCCAAAGGUACAGAUGGAUCUGCAAAGAAAGAUGGAUUACAGCAGCAAAUUCCGAGUUCUCAGCUUCUUCACCAGGGUUCAUUCUCACAAGGCAUGAAUUACAUAAAUGCUCAGCAACAAGCUCAACACAUGAUGGUCCCGAUGCGAGGCAUGGACUAGAAAUGGAUUAUCACCUUGGACCAAAUUAAAACCGCC